UAGGCUUGUGCUGGUUACAGGCAAAUAACACUGAGACUGAACUGCAGGCGAAACUUUUAACUAGAAGUUACAAACCGCCUUGGAUUGGUUUUUUUUUGGGGGGUGCUUACAAAAUAAAAAGAAGAAAAUGUCUGAAAGAUUCGAUGAACAAUUUUUGAUGAACAUUCUAAACAUGACUUUGAACGAAUCAUACAGCCGGGAGCAGCAACCGGUGAAACCUAUCGGAGCCCAAAUCAGUAGUAACACCUUGACUUCAUCUUACCAACUCUCCAGCUACGACAAAGUCAAUAGUGCUGAACAGCUCGAUGACGCCCCCUGCUGGCCGUUCGACAGCAGCCCUUGGAGCCAGCCGGAACCCAAAAAGAGACUUACUCAGUUCAGGACUGACCGAUCCGUGAGCCUGACAGAGAAUAGCAUUUCGGGAUUUGGAGGGGCCAAGACUCUAGCUGUCCCUCCACCCCCUGGAUUCCCACCUCUGAGUGCCCAGACACCCCUCCCGUCCAACCGCUACAAGACGGAGCUCUGUCGCAGCUAUGAAGAGAGCGGCAUCUGCAAGUAUUUGAGCAAAUGUCAAUUUGCCCAUGGAGCAAGCGAGCUGCGAAGCCUAAACCGUCACCCCAAAUACAAAACAGAGAUGUGCCGUACUUUCUACAACUUCGGCUACUGCCCUUACGGACCACGCUGUCACUUUAUCCACCAGGAAAGGCUUUCUUCUUCUUCAAACGACGUGCAACUAAACCAAACCCCGCAGCCUCAGCAGCAACCGCGCAUGUUCCGCCAGAGUGUCAGUUUUGCAGGUUUUCUGGGUUCAAGAAGCUCCCCUCCUCCCUCUCUCCAAGACCCCCUGGGCUUCUCACGUGCCCCGUCAGUGUCCCCGCCUCCUGCGGAUCUGCAUUCUCCAGUCUUUACUCGGACCGGCGACGCUGCGUUACAGCCGACCAAGAACGCGUUCCAGUUUGGCAAAAGCCAUCAGAGCCUGGGCGAAAUCAACCGCGCUCCGCGUAUUCUGGAGACUAGCAACAGCUCCCGCAGCCUGUGUGCCGUCGGGAAAAAAUUCCAGACCACCCUCGACAAAAUGAGUCCGAAAGACGACCAAAAUGUAUUCAUUCCACACCCAAACCUCCAGCGUUGCGCCUCAGAAGAUUCGCUCUCUGACCGGGACAGUUACAGCUCAGACAGCCUCAGCGGCUCCGAAUCCCCUACCUUUGAUAGCACGGGGAACAAACGCCUUGUAGUUUUUACUCGUUUGUCAGUUUCCGACUGAACAAACACAUCAGCAAAAAGAAAACAAAAAAGACUUAAAUUAAAAGCAGAAUGAUUGAUGAUGAUGAUACAUAAACACUUUAUAUACAAUAUUUAUAUAUUAAUAAUUACUGCUCAUUUAAAUGUUUUUUUUGGUACACAAUCUUAUAAUAAAAAAGCUUUAUUUUUUAUAAAUAUA